ACAACCCUUGGCAAAUUCUGCUUCAAGUUGCUCACUAAUCCCACCAUGUCUUCCAAUAGUGAUCAGGAAACUAUCUACACUCAUGCUACUGAAGCUCCUUUGAGGGAAUCACGCCAUUUGGUAUGUUCAUUCAGUGUGCCUAUAUAUCCUCGUUGACAUAUAAUAUGUAUGAACAGGAAAACCAGAUGAAUCAAGGUGAUGUAUCUGAUAACGACAACCAAGUGCUAAAGGAGAGGCUAAAAGUAGCUGAAAAGAUGUUGAGACUCAGGGAGGAUCAGGUCAUAGCACGAGAGGAAGGUCUGACAACGAUAGAAGAAGGUCUGAGGCUGCGUAAAGAGGAUUUAAUGUUUCGGGAAGAGGAUCUGAACAUUCGAGAAGAAGAAUUGAAGGUACGAGAAGAUCGUUUACUCAUGCGAGAGCAGGAACUUGAAGAAAGGAGUCGUAACGUAUGAAAG